AUGUUUUUCAGCGAAAAGGAGAAAAAGGAAGACCCAAGAAAACUUACAAAGAAACAAGAACAGGCGAUUAAAGAUAUCUUGACAAUAAUUCAUAAAGACAAGAAUACUUCAGGCAAAGUAGAUAUCGCAAAUUAUUUGGAUAAAAUAAAGCAACAUGUGUCGGUUACACGGGAAAACUUAGAUGAAAUCGAAACAGAAGUAAAUUCUUUACUAGAGGAGAUUAAUGCAUGGGAUGAUACAACACCUCUUAAAAAAGCAAAAGGAAAUGCAUGCAAAGAGGUAGAAGCUCUCCGUGAAAGUCGCUUGAAGCUUCGCGAUAGAAAACUUGAUUUGAAAAGUGGACAUGACAAAGAGGAUGUUGCGCGGAAAGAGAAACGAAGUCAAGACCAAAUGAUUAAAGAAAUGUGGGCAAUGAUUAGGCCUACAUUCGGCAAAGUAAACUCAGGGGGAGAUGAAAUCGGAAAAGCUUUAGCAGGGAUCAAGAAAUACGUUUCAGAUUCGCAAAUUCGUCUAUCUGAAUUCAACGAUAUCGAAUCAGAAGUAACAUUAUUACUGGAGGAGAUUAAUGCAUGGGAUGAUACAACACCUCUUAAAAAAGCAAAAGGAAAUGCAUGCAAAGAGGUAGAAGCUGUCCGUGAAAGUCGCUUAAGGCUUCACAAAAGAAAACUUGAUUUAAAAAGUGGACAUGACAAAAAGGAUGUCGCGCGGAAAGAGAAACGAAGUCAAGACCAAAUGAUUAAAGACAUGUGGGCAAUGACUAGGCCUACAUCCGGCAAAGUUUACUCAGGGGCAGAUGAAAUCGGAAAAGCUUUAGCAGGGAUCAAGAAAUGCGUUUCAGAUUCGCAAAUACGUCUAUCUGAAUUCAACGAGAUAGAAGGGCUUGCAUUCAGAGUGGAGGAAAUGGGUAACUUGAUAUUUUCAUAUCUAAGUGGAGAAAAACAUUCUCAAAGUGACGAUCCCCGUACACUUGUUGAUACAUUUAAAAGUGUGCAUAAAAAACUGGUCAGCUGCAAAACUGAGACUGAAACACUUGUCAAGAUUGUUUCGAGACUUGAAGUGAAUCUGAACAUCGACAGAAAAUCCGGAUCAGUUAAAUCUGAUUCAGUUUCAAAUAGAUGCAAAGCGAUUAAGGAAACAGUAGAAAAACGGAAGCAAAUGUUUGACGAAAUGCAGAGUAUGCUUGACAAGUCCACUAAUUCUCUUACGUUGUCAUACUCUGAACUCUUAGACGAACCCUAUCUGUUUCUGGAACCACGAACAAAUGCGGAUUCAAUACGUAGAAAAGUUCCAGAGUGGCUACAUGGCCAUGCAGCACUAAUUGAUCGUAUAAGUGCUUGCACAAGAGAAAACAAAACAAGUUUUCAGUUAAGAUACGUCAGAAAAGAAGAUUAUAAUAAUUUAAAAGAUCAGAUGCGGACUUUGCAUGAAGAGAUGAGACAGUUAAGGGAAGACAAAGAAAGUGCGUAUAAUAGAUUAUCAAAGGUCGCUGGAGCACGUCUGACGGACAACAAUCCAAAUAUUGCAGAUCUUAGUGAUCCAAAUCGUCCAACCAAAAUAGCCGAACAGUAUUCAGAGUUGUAUGACAUCCCCUGGACAGAUGCAUACGAAAUAUUGAAAGAUAAAGAUCAAGAAAACACGGAUAUUUUGUUGAAGAUUAUCGUAGAUUGUUAUGAAAUUUGUGGAAAAAUAUCUAUGAAUCAUCAACGGAAUUUGAAGAAUGCUGUGUGUUAUCCUGCAAAUAAUAUAGAAGAUGGACAAUCAUCAGAACAG